GGGCGGGGCUUAUCUGACGCACGUUCUUGGGCUGGUCACUGCCGCUGAAGGUCCUGCGGCGCUGCUCGCCGACCCUGAACGGUUGAUGCAAGGCGGGGGUGGGGUGGGGUAGUGGUAGUGGUCUCGAGACGCCAACGGUUCCUCUCACCCGUCCUCCUUCUCGUGCCUCCUGAGGGAGCCCCGCUACCUGCCUGCUCCUCUUCUCUGGAACCGCCUUGACCAUGGAGGCGCAGAAAGAGGCUCUACAGAGGAUUAUUUCUACACUGGCACAUAAGAAUGAUGAAAUCCAGAAUUUCAUUGAAACACUGAAUCACACUUUAAAAGGUGUACAGGCUAAUUCAUCCAGUGUGAUUGCUGAAUUAGAUGAGGAGUUUGAUGGCUUAUACUCAAUACUUGAUGAGAUGAAGGAGAGCAUGACAACUAGUAUCAAGCAAGAACAAGCUCACAAAACCCAAGAACUUCAGAAUCAACUUAGUCAAUGUAAUCAUGCCCUGGAAAAUUCUGAAGAAUUGCUAGAAUUUGCUACACGGUCGCUGGACAUAAAGGACUCUGAGGAAUUUUCAAAGGCUGCCAGACAGAUCAAGGAUAGAGUUACAAUGGCUCCAGCAUUCCGUCUGUCUUUGAAGCCCAAAGUGAGUGACAAUAUGACACAUUUAAUGGUCGACUUCUCUCAGGAAACACGAAUGCUCCAGGCUCUGAAAUUCUUGCCAGUUCCCAGAGCUCCCGAGAUAGUUCUAGCAGAUUGCAUGGUAGCUGACAACUGUGUAACAGUAUCGUGGCAAAUGCCUGAAGAAGACAACAAAAUUGACCACUAUGUACUUGAAUAUAGAAAAACCAACUUUGAUGGGCUCCCUCGAGUAAAAGAUGAAAGGUGCUGGGAAAUUAUAGAUUAUAUUAAGGGCACUGAAUAUAUAUUAUCAGGUCUCAGGUUUGAUUCAAAAUACAUGAACUUUCGUGUUCGAGCUUGCAACAAAGCUGUGGCUGGGGAUUAUUCUGACCCAGUAACUUUAGAGACCAAAGCUCUUACAUUUAAUCUUGAUGGUUCAUCAUCUCAUCUUAACUUGAAAGUUGAAGAUUCCUAUGUUGAGUGGGACUCUACUGGAGGCAAAAGCCAAGAAAACAAAAUAAAAGGAAAAGAGAACAAAGGCAGUGGCCAGAUCUCCCUUCUGAAGAACAGUACAAGAAGCGGCACACCAUCUCCAAAGCGGUCAUCAGUUAGCUCCCGCUCGCCUUUGAUACGGGGCAGCAGAGAUAGAUUUACUGGAGAAUCCUACACAGUGUUAGGAGAUACUACUAUUGAAAAUGGACAACACUACUGGGAAGUGAAAGCUCAGAAGGACUGUAAAUCCUACAGUGUAGGAGUAGCAUAUAAAAGCAUGGGAAAGUUUGAUCAGCUGGGAAAGACCAAUACAAGCUGGUGUGUGCAUAUAAAUAACUGGCUCCAGACUACAUUUGCUGCGAAACACAAUAAUAAAGCAAAAACUUUAGAUGCCACAGUUCCUGACAGGAUAGGAGUUUAUUGCGACUUUGAUGGAGGUCAACUCUCUUUCUAUAAUGCAAGUUCAAAGCAAUUGUUGUAUACCUUCAAGACAAAAUUUACCCAACCAUUAUUACCAGGCUUCAUGGUUUGGUGUGGUGGUCUCACAUUGACAACAGGACUUCAGGUGCCAACUGCUGUGAGAACAAUGCAGAAAAGUGAAAAUGGAUUAAGUGGUUCUGCUAGCAGCCUAACCAAUGUUGCCCAGUGAUAUUUCCCCUUCUAGUUUAACUAUGCUAGGCAUUGGUGAGGGAUGGUUUAAUGUGUUGCUGCUACUUCUAAGGCCCAAGCACCGAUACUGCAAAACGAUUGGAGCAGAGAUGAAGUGUUAGCAGGAUUGACCAUGAAUCUGCUUGUGUUAUAGGAAAACAGCUCUUCUUAAGAGAAGGGGAUAUUUGAGGUUAUAGGUGUGUGCUACUGCUAGACUAAAUUUGACUGCUUGUCUUUAUGGAUGCUUGCCUGAUUAUGUCAGUACUAUGUAUAACAAAGACAGCUAGGACUUUAGCCUAGAAGCCUUUGUUGCUUUCUCUCUCUAGGAUUUCUAAUAUCCACUUCGUAGCUAGGGAUCAUGCACUGAAGCUUUAAAAAUUAGAAUUUUCAAAAGCUGGUCUAAAUUUCUAUAACUUCUUAAAAUAGGAGGUGAAGGAAUGCAAAUACUAAGUUUUAUCAGUGUCCUUUGGUUCAGGGUAACUACUACACUGUCAGGCAACACUGUUAUAUUUCCAGUAUCUCCAUAGUCAUUAGAACUACUGCAUUUUAAGCUAGUGCUUGGGCAGUGUCCACUAAUUCUGUGGAAUAGAAGAUACCAUGUGUAUUCCAGUUAUUGAAAACCCAUAGUAUUUCUAACAGUCAACUUAAGGAGUUUUUUUUAAUGCUUCCAAUUUUCGUACAUUAAAUUUCCAGUUUAUUCUAUAAUUAAGGGAUUAAGCCACACUCUGGCAUCCAGUCUCAUCCAUGUUGAUAAAAAACAGCCCUCCAGUUUUUCUGAAUGGGGAGACACCUAGGAAGUAAGCUUAUGCCAAGAAUUCAUUCAAGUCAUGUUGCUUUAAUUUAUCUAUAAAUAGUUUGAUUGACAUUUAUACAUGUGUAGUUAUGUUGAGCCUGGGAAACUAUGCUCAAUGGAGUUAUGUAACUGAUCAACUAUUGGGUGCAUCAGAUGCCUUUACACAGCAUAGUAUUUAGCAUUGAAGUUGCUAAUGAUCAGUUUCAUGCUUUUAAAAUGUUUUCCCUUAAAUAUAAAAUAUAAAUUAUGGAUUAUACAUUCCAAUUUUGAAUGCUCCAUGAUUCUUGUGUUCCCUUCAAAGUAUCAGAAGUAUAUAUUGAGGCUACAGGUGGUAUCCUGAAAUGCAGUACUUGGUGUUAAUCUUUAAAAAAAUCAUUCAGUGGAUUUGGGGGCUCUUUCCAGAGAAUUCCAUCAAAGGAUAAAAAGCAUAUUUGUAUUUUUCAAUUUUUGAUAAAUUGAUAGUGCACUCUUAGAAAUGUAGAUAUUUAAUUAUUCAGAUGAACUAUGUAAAUUGCUUGAUCAAAGUUCUCUAUGUAGCUUUACUGGUCAAAUUGAUUUUCUAAGUUUUCCUCUUGCAAAGAGUCCCCUUGCAGCAAAUCAGACAAAAGUUUCUCAUGUCAAUAGAAUUCAUAUCAUUCAAAAGCCAUCCUCAAUCUAGUGUUAUGUAUUCCAACAGUCAAGAAGCACCAUUGGCUCUAGCCUGACACCAAAUAGUGCAAUAUUCCACCUGUACUUCUGACACUACUUCCUACUUCCUUUUGUACUUAGAGCACUUAACCUCAAGUUUUUAUUAUUCUUGCCUCUGUGUAAAAUAAAGACUUUUGAUAAUUGCUUUGAAGAUCAAGAGACAAUACUAUAUGGAAGAUGAUUGUAUAUCAAAGAUUUUAAAAAUACUAUUCAUGAUCCUGUUGAGGUAUCUUUAAAAUGCUAAUGAUGCCGUUUAGUUAUAAGGUGGUUCUAACUGCUGAGUAUGGUCCAAAAGGAAAAUCAACUGAAUCCUCAUCCCUGAUGUGCAUAUACACACAGUCUAUCCGGUUUGUGAAUUUUCUCCAACUCAAUGAUCUGCAAUGUAUAUUUAUUCCAAAUGCGGUACAAGCGUUUGAAGGCGCUUAACAUGCAUUCAUAUAGUUUGUUUCUCCUUUACUGGGAUAAUUACUGUGAAGUAGCCUGAGGAAUACUUGUUUAGUUCUGCUAUCGCUCAGCAGAGUAGUCCCAUAUCACUUUAAUGAAAUUGGGUAUGGUGACAGGAGGAAAUGCCUUAAGCACUUUAGAUAUCUUUUUCUUAAGAUUAUGAAACUGUUGAGCUAACAACACUGAUCGAUUCUCAUUCUGGGAAAAGCAUACUGAUAUUAGUGCAAUGAAGCAAAGUGGUUACUCAGUUUGAUUGUGUUGACUGUGUUCAGGUAGACAUACUAGACUGAUAAUAAGGCUUAAUAUUCUCCCAGUAUGUACAUAGUUUGUCUCCUUACCCAUUGUAAAAUUCAAAGUAUUUUUGUAUUUGUAGCUAAUUAAGGCUUGUUUUGUAUAUUUACAGAAAACAAAAAACAAAUGUAUGUUGCUAAUUUAGUGUUCAGAAAUUAUGAACUUUCAUCACUUUAAUAUAAUUGUGUAACAAAACCUGGCUGCAUCCUACAGCACAGAAUAGGAAACUCAGUUAAAUUUACAUCUAUUGUUAUGUGAGCUUGCUAAGUGCUUCAGAAGAGCAACUGAAAACCCAAGCUACACUAAAGAUAUCAUGAAUAAGAUUUAACGAUUAAAUACCUGAAUGUUAUACAGUAACUGUACAAGAUAGUGGUUCAGUUUAAACUUGAGGACUGCGUUGUGAAGCUGUUCAUAUCAAAUCCAUCUUUUUGUCUCUGAUCUGUUCCCUACCCUGUCUGCUAGUACUGUACUUUGAUUUAUUUUUAUGAUAUAGAACAGACUGGAGGCAAUCUGUAACCUGGAAAAUACUAGCAAGUUGUAACUUAGUGUAGUAGUAUUUCACCUGAGUGUAUUAGUGUGCAGUUCUUACACUUGUUAAUUUUACAUCUUCUGUUCAUUAUUUUUGUUCUUGGCAUUAAAGUGAAUUGUUCUGAAAAUUUACUGACUUAAGGAUAAAACUUAAAUAUAUUCCUCCUUCCUAUCUCAAACACUGGGCAGUUCUUGCCCCAGGAAUUGACUGUUCAGUUUACACCUCUGGAAACACUUCUGCAUGUGCCUUUUCAAAAUGGCUCUGUAUCAUUACUCUGUUCAUGGCAUAAGAUGUUGAAUAGAAUGUGUAUUACUAUCACACUAGUCUUACUGAACAGGGAAAUUGUGCACUGAUAGUACCACAGGUAUUCAGUGCUUUGGUCUAUAUCCUUGUCAAGUAUCCUUAAAAUAAACAGUCCUACCUUCCAUAGCAACACUAUACAGCUGGGUGCCUUAGAGCCCAUGGAGUGUUUUUAUUUGCUGUGAACACAUCUUACAGGGGUUUUGUAUUAAUAAAUAAACUUUUGAAAACAAA